AUGCUUCUCAUCUUUACAGUACUAGCUUUCCUCCUGGCAAAUGUCGCCUCUAGCGCUCUACCGGAAGAUGUACUAUCAGCUUUUGAAGAGCUCAACUCAUACGGCGGAAAACUGGUUUGGAGCGAUGAACUGGAGAACAAGGCUCUGGAAUAUUUGACGUCUCCGGAGACUGUUAAGGCCAACUUGGUGAUCGGAGAAGAAAUGUUCAUUUUCUCGACCAUACCAAAAGGCGAUUCUUCAUUAUCAGGAAUGGAUAUUUACAAUGCUUUCAGAGAGCUCUUCGAAACAGAGGGAACGAAAAUCAGUGCUCUCCCCGAAGGCUCGAAGUACGGAUGCAACUUCCAGAACAUCGAAGAAGUUUUGAAAAUCGCCUGUCUCUACAACGAAAAGUGA